UUAAUGAUAAUUUGUAUACAAUAACAAAUUAAUAUAUUUUACUUUUUAUUAUGUAUGACAUUUAAUUUAAAAGAUGGAAAGACUUUAUAGCGUGUAUGUGUUUUACAUUGGAUUAAUACCUUUUCUUUAUGCCGUCCAAGUCUCAAUUGCUACUCUCAAGGAUGGAUCAAGUACAGUUUCUGGACAACUACAAGUUGUUAGUGGUGUAACUAAAACACUGACAUGUGAAACAAGCGUAAGCAAACCAGCUGCUAUAAUAGUAUGGUAUAUUGGAACACAAGAGAAACAAAGAUCCAUCUCUAAAACAUUCACGUUCAACCCACAGAACAGUGAUCAUACCAAACAGGUCUAUUGUAAGGCCUUUAACACACAACCUGAGAGUCAAGCUGUUGUUUCUUAUAAAUCAUCAAUUUAUGUUACAGUCCAAGUCUCAAUUGCUACUCUCAAGGAUGGAUCAAGUACAGUUUCUGGACAAUUACAAGUUGUAAGUGGUAUAAGUAAAACACUGACAUGUGAAACAAGUGUAAGCAGACCAGCAGCUACAAUAGUAUGGUAUAUUGGAACACAAGAGAAACAAAGAUCUACAUCUAAAACCUUCACGUUCAAUCCACAGAACAGUGACCAUACCAAACGGGUCUACUGUAAAGCCUUUAACACACAACCUGAGAGUCAAGCUGUCACUUCAUAUAAAGCAUCAUUAAAUGUGCAAGUCCAAGUCUCAAUUGCUACUCUCAAAGAUGGAUCAAAUACAGUUUCUGGACAACUACAAGUUGUUAGUGGUGUAACUAAAACACUGACAUGUGAAACAAGCGUAAGCAAACCAGCUGCUACAAUAGUAUGGUAUAUUGGAACACAAGAGAAACAAAGAUCCAUCUCUAAAACAUUCACGUUCAACCCACAGAACAGUGAUCAUACCAAACAGGUCUAUUGUAAGGCCUUUAACACACAACCUGAGAGUCAAGCUGUUGUUUCUUAUAAAUCAUCAAUUUAUGUUACAGUACAUGCAACAACACCUACACUAACCAACAAGACAACUGGUAGUAUGAUAUUGCUAGAGAAUGAUCCCAUCACUAUGGAAUGUAUUACCUCAGCAACAAGACCAGCAGCGACUGUUACGUGGUGGAAAGGUUCAUCUAGUCUAACAAACAUACAGAACACCAACAUCAGUCAAGGAAAUCUUAUCUCGGUGAAAAGUGUUGUAUCAUUUACACCUAGAAAAGCUGAUGACAGAAAAGUUAUUUUUUGUCAGUCUUUUGUAUCAGGGCAAGAUAACAGACCCAGUGCACAACAAGCUAUUAAGGUGUAUUGGCCUCCAGCUACUCCAUCUAUACCAACAUUAGAAUUUCCUUUCCUUGAAAAUCAAACAGGAAAAAGCAUUUAUUGCUCUUCCAAAGAUUAUGGUAAUCCAGCAUCUACUGCAAGAUGGCAUAAACAAUAUGGAACACCAGACAACAGUGAUUCUAGAAGACUAAAUUUACCAACUAUGACGUCACAGAUGGAUGGUUCUUCUGUAUCUUGUCAGCUUGAUAAUUAUUUUACACUGGUCAAAGGUUCAACUAUAAAGUCUCCAUCUGUGAAAUUAGAAGUGGAAUAUAAUCCAAUUACCCACAUUAUGGUAGAUGGAAUAAUUACGAAGUCAGUGGCAAUAAAUGAGGGUCAGACAUUGUCAGUACUAUGUAAUGCAACAGGAAAUCCAACACCAACAGUAAAAUGGAUUGGACAAACCCUGAGCAGUACCUAUUUGACAUUUCAUGACAUUGAUCGCACAAAUCAUGGAAUAUAUACAUGUAGAGCUGAGGCAACCUCGGAAAAAUAUCGAAACCAUGAUUUUGUUACAGAGACAAUUAUAGAUAUAAUUGUUGAUCAGAAACAGAAUACUGAUAAGAACGUAUCUGUAAAGACAGGUGCUAUUGCCGGAGGAUUGAUUGUGACUGUUAUUGCAAUAAUUGUUAUUGUCGUUAUCUCUGUUAUUAUUGUGAAGAAAAGGAAAUCUAAACAAGAAGGAGACAAAGCAAUUACAGAAACUGAAAGAAGAUUGACAUAUGAAAGUCUUCAAACGGUAUCUGAAGCUCAAACAACAUAUUCUUCAUUAUCAUAUGAGACAGGAGACAAAGCAAUUACAGAAACUGAAAGAAGAUUGACAUAUGAAAGUCUUCAAACGGUAUCUGAAGCUCAAACAACAUAUUCUUCAUUAUCAUAUGAGACAGAUCAAAAGAGGCGACAAGAGGACAAAAUGUACGAAAACUUGCGGAUGCAGCAGAUGUCAUUAUCAACAAUCUAGAACUAUCGUGAUGAAGGGAGUUUUGCAUCAUUGACAUACAAAAGCGUAUCAAGUAAUCAAAAAUCUCAGGUUCAUUCCAUUAAUUUCUGAAGGAGUUAUUAAGUUUCACUUUAAAAAGUUGAUAAUGUUUAUCGAAAAUGUAUGUAUAAAAAGUAAUACAAACCUUAUUAUUCAACAUGUUGUAAUAAAACUCAUUAUACGCUACUAGUGAUUCGCUACUAGUUAUUCGAAUCCAAAUUGCUUUUGUUAAUGAUGGUAAAAAAUUAAGUGUGCUGCAUUUCCGGUUGACCUUUGUUGAUGAAUGCCGCCUAUAUAUAAACAAGUUGAAUACAUCUGGUGAUUUUAAAAAUUACAAAAUAUUACGGAUUCAUGUUAAUUCUGGUCUGCUUAAACCAGUGCUAGGGGGCGUGAACGAUUGCUUGCAAUUACUAUGUACUAUUGUCCAUGAACAGUCUAAAUCAAACCGAGCCUGCAACAUUUUCAAUUUUGCUGUGUCGGGCUGUUUUUAGGUAUUCCGUUUUUUGAAGUCAAAUAGAGAAUUAUUAUUGUUUUAUUUGUGGAAAUCAUAGUCAAUUAUUCUAUGUAACAAAAUAAGAGGUGCGUAUUUUGUGUUUCUUUAUAGCAACGGUUUGUUUUACGUCUAAUUUAAUAAGGACACAACGUGAAAGCAAGUAAGACUUUAGUAAGACCCCUUUGACAUUCAGCUCCUCGUGCAUAAAGAUAACUUCCAGAUCCAUAUUUCACAUUAUUUUUAGUCUCGAAGUUAACCAGCUAUUCGACCCCUUUUUCCAAAUUCAUGUAUUUAUUGUAUAUAAUGUUGACUAUAAUUGCUUAAAGAGACAAUUUUUUUAUUUCACGUAAAGACCAAAAAGCACCCGUUAUAAAUAAUCUUUGAUAUUAAAUCUAAUCUUUCUUAUUUAUAACGCCUUUUGCGACUCACUUUUGGUUAGAAUAUACGUAAAGUUAUGUAUCACAAGACAUUCAAAUAAAAACAGGUACUAUUUAGCCGGUAAAACAAAUGUUUGAUUAAAAAUAUAGAAUAGCUUCUUUGUGGUUACAAGAAUGUCAACAUUUAUAAGUAAAAAUGUUUUCAAGAAUAAAGAAGUUCUGGAAAAUAUGGAUUUUAAGGAUGAAAUAUGAUAAAAAUUGAUUUUUUUUAUAUUAUUCUUAUUAACUUCAUUCAUGUAAAUAUGCUUGUAUGUUAAAUGAAGUAUUCUCUGACAGAAUCACUAUAUUUAAAGAAAAUUCUUGUAAGACUAUAAUGUAGUUUCCUUCCUUCCUGCCAUUUUUUUAAGAAAGGUAUUUGAAAAUUCGGAGCCGAGUCAUCUUUAUAACUUUUUUGAAUAAAAUUGUAUGAAUGUAAUAAAUAAACGUAUGAGAGAUGAUGUGACCCCCACUCGGUACUGGAUGAGUCACAAUGCAAGUGAGAAUUGUCUUUAGUACAUAUGGUUAAACAUUUUGCCUAUGUCCUAAAAAAUCAAAUCUAUAUAUCUUGAUUAAAAAGCUUUUUGAUUUGAGUUAAUUCUCCUUCUCCAAUUACAGAAUUGUUUGAAUCCACAUUCGUUGUUAGAAAGGGCCCCAGAACAGCAUCAGUACAUAGGGUGUAUUACUUAAGUACCGGAACCAGUACUUGCCAAGUUAUGCAGUACCAUUACCAGUACUAGAUUUAAGCUCGGUACUGCAGUACCAGUAUUUUAGGAAGUAAUAAAGUAUUAAUACCAAUUCUUUUAUAUAUUUAUCAUAUUUAAAAUAAAUACACAAUGUCAAACAAAAAAUAACUUAGUAUGCAAAUUAACAUAUUUUAAUGAUUUUAACUACAUAUACAAAUUUUAAAAAAUGCGUAAUUAUUCAGCAAAAAAAAAAUGAAAUUAUUAUUUUAUUUAAAGUUAAUAUUACAUUCACACCUCUGUUCAAUUUAUACUGAAGUAAAUAACCCUUUUUAUGAAGCUAACAAUAUCACUUGAAAUAGGAUUAUUUAGAAUAGUAGAAGAGAUUCCAAUGUGUGUCAUUUGUUUCUUCACAUUUAUUGGUAACAAAUAUCUAAUAUUCUGUUAAAGCAUUAUUUAAAAGUAGUAAAAUUCACAUUUGCCCUUGUCAAGAAAUUAAAAAAAGAAACACACACAAAUUAUUCGUUCUAAGGCAUAAUGUGCCUUACUCAUUUCACCGUGAGUAAAUCAAUUAUUUUCUAUUCUCAAAUCAGCUUAACAACAACAACAACAACAACAACAACAACAACAACAACAACAACAACAACAACAAACAUUAUAGGUUUAGGUCGUUGUAUUUGACAGAGUUAUCACAUUUCAAGAUCAAUAAUUUCUCUAGUCUAUUGCAAAAAAAAACAUCUGCUGGAAUGACAGCUGUCUCGAAUUUCGAUGGAGUCAUGAUGAAAUCAACUGAAAAUAUCUGAAACUAAGAAAAGACUGUAAAAUAAAA